UGCGCAUUCUACGCUCAUCGUCAACGUUAAUUUUCUUUUUUUUAAGGAAAAUGAAGGUCUGAAUGGGCACAUCUCCCUCUCCAUCUCUGACCAUUCGCAUUCACACUUAAUAAGCACUGUAUUUUAUAUAUAUAUACUUGCAACAAACCUCUGACUGUGGUUGGGCAAGUUGAUCUGCGACUUCCGAUGGCCUCUCGCUGGGGGAUGAACAGGGCAGAUAGCCAGAGUGAAACUAGAGAUCGGAAUGAAUCUGGCUCAUCUCCUGAGAAGAGUCGAAGUUAUGCAUCUAACAAUUAUAAGGGUAUUGGGCCAAAGUCAUAUUCAUACAGUGAACUAGCAAAGGCAACUGGUCUUUUCUCGCUCAAUAACCAACUUGGUCAAGGUGGUUUUGGUCAAGUUUUUAAGGCAAUCUUAGAUGGUAAGAUCCGUGCUAUCAAGAAACUUAAUAAUUUUCCAGAUAUACAGUCUGAAGGAGAUUUGGAGAGGGAGAUUAUGGUCGUCAAUAGAGUCAGUCACAAAAAUCUUGUUAAGCUGGUUGGUUACUGCAUUGAUGGAGCCAACAGAUUACUGAUAUUGAAGUAUUUUCCCAAUAAGUCCUUGAAAUAUACAUUACAUAGAAAGGAGAAUGUUUUAGAUUGGAAAAAAAGAAUGAAUAUUGCAAUAGGUUCUGCAAGAGGAUUGGAAUAUUUACAUGAACACUGUAAACCUAAAAUUAUACAUUUAGAUAUCAAACCUGAUAAUAUUCUUCUUGAUAAUGAUUUUGAACCUAAGGUUUCAGAUUUUGGACUUGCCCUAUUCUUUAAGGAUGCUGCUACUCACGUAUCCAGAUCAUCAACUUUGGGAACUCAUAUUUAUGCAGACCCAUUAUCAACGAAAUUGGAAAAAUAUUCUGAUAAAUCCGAUGUUUAUUCUUUUGGUGUUACGUUGUUGGAGCUUAUUACUGGACAAAAUUCUAUUAUUGAUGCAAGCACCGACAUCGUUACUUGGGCAAAACCUCUAAUACAAAAGGCUUUGGAGGGAGAAUAUGCAGAUUUUGUAGAUUCAAGAUUGCAAUCUUUUGACCACGAACAAAUGCAUAGAAUGAUUUUUUGUGCUAAUGCUUGCAUAAAUCAACCGCUAAAAUAUCGUCCAUCAAUGAAAAUGAUACUUUUAGCUCUUGAAGAAAUUUUGCCUCUAGGAAAUCUGUGCGAUGAGAAGAACAACAACAAAUUGCAAUUGAAAGCUACUUACAAAGAUGAGCUUAAGCCAAGCCUCAAGCCUCCUAUCAAUCAAGAAACUAAUAAGCCAAGCUCCAAGCCUCCUGUCAUUCAAGAAACUAAUCAAAUCGUUGUACGGAAGGGUCGAAGCACCAGUCGGCAGCCAAGAGAAGCAACUAGUAAUAGUUCCUCCAACAGCAUUCGAGAAACUUCAUUUGAUGAGAGAAACCAAGUUUACAAACCAAGGAGAUUUACUUAUCAUCAACUAAGAUCUGCGACUCAAGGUUUCGCUGAAAACAACCUUCUCAACGGGGGUCUUUUGGGUGAAGUUUAUAAGGGUAUCCUAAAUUAUGAUGAAUGGGUGAUGGUAAAGAAAUUCUAUAUAUACAUGCAUGGAGGGAAAGAAGAUGAAUUCAAGAAGAUUAAAGACAUCAGCACCAGUGUCCACAAUAAACAUCUUGUUAACCUAAUUGGAUACUGUGAUGAAGGAGACAAUAGAUUGCUCGUUUACGAGUAUUUUCCAGAUAAGUCCUCCUUGAGAUCUCAUUUAGAAGAUAAUAUGGCAGGGAAAUACCGUUUGGAUUGGCCAACCAGAAUGGCGAUCGCUUUACGCAUCGCAUUAGGAUUGGUACAUCUGCAUGAUCGAUACAAGCCCUGGAAUAUAUACGAGCAUUAUAAGGAUAAUAGCAUCUUUCUUGAUGAAAUUCUUCAACCAAAGUUUGCAGAGUAUGAACGUGACAAAUUUUUCUUAAAAGAUUCUGGAAAUUCUAUUACUAGCAGUUCUAUGUCUUCAAGAUAUGUAAAGCUAGAUGUUUAUUUCUUCGGUGUAAUUCUUUUGGAGAUAAUUACUGGGAAAUUACCUGUUAGUGAUAUUAGUUCCUAUGAUUCCUUCAACUUAAUUGAAUGGGCUGUUCCUGCAAUUCAAAAUGAUUGGCCCAAAGGCAACUAUAAGUUUGUUGAUGAAAAAUUGGGGAGAAACUUUGACGAGGAUGAAAUGGAUCGAAUGAUAGAAUGUGCUUUAGCAUGUGUAGAGCGUUAUCCACAAAAUCGACCAGAAAUGAGUAAGGUUGUUGAAGUUCUAGCAGGAAACAUUCCUCGGAAAAAUCUCAAGAAUUGAGAUGAAAUGUUUGAAAAAGAAAAUUAUUUUUUUCCUUUUCAAUAGAAGUUGGAAACUUCCUUGAAAGGCCGAUUGGACAUUGAAAUAAAAAGAUAGACCUCAGUUGAAGUGGCAAAGGAGUGUAACUGGAAGACUUUCUGAAUUUUGCUUGUAUUGAUGUGUCUUGGAGACUAUUGCAAUUU